GUCUCUAGUGUGAACAUGCCAGCUCCCUCUCUCUGCCAGUCUGCUGUCACGUGCUGCGGCAGUGCCCGGCCAGAGACUCUAGCUCCCGUACUUCCUCCUCACAAUAGCGGGACCCGGCUGCGGCGGUGCAUGGGUGACAGCAGCGGUCUGCAGCGCUAAGCGAAGCCUGACAGGUAACCAAGCGCCGCCUCCCUCUUUCGGUCGGUCUCCGCUGCCCCAGCCACUCAGAGGCGCUGAUCAGCUGCUGCCCCCUGGAUUCUUCAGUGUGCCUUACCUCGUUUUGGAGAGGGUUCCUCCCUCUACCCUGCUCCCGUCCCGCCUAUGUGUAGAGCGCGGCUCAUGUACUGAGGGGAGUGACCCCCACGGAUGCGCACACGUGACACGAAUGCCUGGCAGCGCGGCGGUCACCCCCGUUUUAUAGCCCAGCCGUUGGUCCGCGAGGACGUGGUUUUUCCCGCCAGAGUCGCGUGAGGUGCCUGCGGUGAGGGCCGGGGAGAUGAGUCGGAGGUAUCCUGCAGCUGGCCCGGCAAACAGACGCGUCGCCAGGGAAACGGGAUGCGUUGCCAAGGUUACCACAGCGGAUGCCGUCUGACGUCACCGAACGUGACGCACCCCGCGGCUGCGGCUGGCGGAAGCUCACGCCGGACCCGGCUCUCCCGCGGGGCAGUGACAUGUCUCCUAUUUAGGAUGGCGUCUGCUGAUCUGAGACAGGAGCUGAACUGUUCCAUCUGCCUGAGUAUUUAUACAGAUCCUGUAACCCUGACAUGUGGACACAAUUUCUGCCGUGUUUGUAUUGAUCGUGUGCUGGAUACACAGAGGGGGUCUGGAGCUUAUACCUGUCCUGAAUGCAGAGCACAGUUCAAGAAACGUCCUGCACUUAUACGGAGCAUAGCUCUGUGCAACAUAGUGGAGAGGUUCCCAUCUACUCAGCCAGAUCGGGAGGAAACUGGGAUCUUCUGCUCUUACUGUAUUCACUCUCCUGUACCUGCUGUAAAAUCCUGCCUACAUUGUGAGGCUCAUCUGUGUGAUAAUCACCUGAGAGUACACAACAACUCAGCGGAACAUGUCUUAUGUGAUCCCACCACUUCCCUGGGGAACAGGAAAUGCUCCGUCCAUAAGAGGAUCCUGGAGUAUUACUGCACUGAGGAUGAAACCUGUAUCUGUGUGUCAUGUAGGCUGGAUGGGAAACACAGAGGGCAUCAGGUGGAGUUACUGGAUGAGGCCUCUGAGAAGAAGAAGGAGAAGCUGAGAGAGCGUCUGCAGAAACUAAUCACAAAAAGAGUGGAGACAGAGAAAAGAGUGCAGAGUCUGCAGGCGCGCAGGAGAGAAGAUCAAGGAAAAGCAGCUGGUGUAAGAGAGACAGUCACUGUCCUGUUUAGAAAUAUCUUGAGACAGCUGGAAGACUUGCAGAUGAGAGUCCUGAGUGAGAUUUCUAGACAGGAAGAGCGCAUUUCACUCUCGUACUCGGACCUGAUCCGGCAGCUGGAAAUAAAGAAGGACGAGCUGUCCAAGAAGAUGCAUCACAUGGAGCAGCUGUGUGAUGUGUCUGAUCCAGUGACUGUCUUACAGGAACCAGACACAGGUGACUUGUGUGAUACUGAGGACAGAAAGAGACGUCAUACACAGGUCCAUGAUGGAGGAGAUCUGGAUGUGGGUUUAAUCCUGGGGACAUUACGCACAAUAUCUGAUAUAAUAACGGGUAUAAAUACAGGGAUCUAUGUGCAGGCAGCAGCAGGCACAUUAAUGAAUGAAACCACAGCUGGUAAUGCACAAUCUGAUAUAGUAAGAGGUGUAAAUACAGGGCUCUAUGUGCAGAAAACAGCAGACAUAUUACUGGAUGUAACCACAGCUAGUAAUUAUAUACAUAUCUCUGGUGACGGGAAAACUGCAUCCAAGUCAGAUACAAACCUGAAUCAUCCAGUAACACCAGAGAGAUUUCACAUUUAUCCUCAGGUAAUAAGCACCCGAGGAUUCUUGUCAGGGCGACAUUACUGGGAUGUGGAAGUCGGUAACUCAGUGUGGUGUCGGGUAGGGAUGUGUUAUCCCAGUAUAGACAGGAGAGGUGGGGACUCGUACAUUGGAGGUAAUAAGAAGUCCUGGUGUUUAGAUCAGUAUAAUAAUCAGUACUCUGUGAAACACGACAGCGCACAGAUAGAUUUACCUGAUAAUAUUCACUGUGAUAGAGUGAGGAUAUAUCUGGAUUAUGAGGCAGGGCAGAUGUCCUUUUAUUCUCUGUGUGACAGAAUCAGACACUUAUACACCUAUACCGCCACCUUCACUGAGCCCCUUCAUGCUGCAUUUUGGGUAGGGAGGGGGUGUAUAACUAUAUCUGGAGUGAAUCCAGAUCUAUGAGAUAUCUGCCUAGAGACUGUUGACAUCACAGGGAGUGGAAGUGGAUUGAUGAAACACAUAGCCCAGAGGCUCUCUAAUGCGGCCCUCAAGGCAACCCAAUGGUCCAGGAUUUAGGUAUAUCGGUGGCUCAGCACAGGUGGUUAAAUCAAAUUGACUGAGGUGCUAAUUAAGUCACCUGUGGCUAAGUAUGGAUAUACUUAAAACCUGGACCGUUGAGGUGCCUUGAGGACAGCUUUGAAGAACCUCUGACUUAGCCACUAAAAUGAUCCUCUGGUUGAAGCUCCUACUGACUGUCGUGCAUGAAGAGGGUGUUGCCUCUGUAAGGCUCCGCCCACUGGGAGUUCCAUAACUAUUAUGGUUAUUGAAAGAAGAAGUAUCUGUUAUAGGUGCAAUUGUUAAAAUAUCCUCUUUGUUGAUCUAUUCAUAGUUUAUAGCAAUGUUAAUUAUAAAACAGAGUACAAAGAAACAGCAAAAUUUAAGUUAAAAAUAACAGAACAGUUGAGUGUUAUAUCUUAAAAUGUUAAGUCAGAGUUCAGCAAGAGAAUAACUGAGUGGAGAGAGAUCUUUACAGAAUAGUGGACCAGUAAUUAAUGGCUCACCGUUCCCUAUGCUUGUGGUCUGAUCUGGCUGUGGUCUGUAAUGCUGUAUAGUGGGGGUCAUUCAGAUCUGAUCGUAGAUGUUCUAAAUUUAGCACAUCUACGAUCAGUUACUCUGACAUGCGGGAGGACGCCAACACAAGACUAGUCCGUCCCGCAUGUCAGGCCCUAUCCCCCCCCCCCCCCCCUCCAUGCACGGGUGCAAAAGCAUUGCACGGCGGUUAUGCAUUUGCACCUGGCGAGUAGCUCGCUGCUUGCAUCAAUAUUAUGCUCCAGGAGCUCUUUCCACUCAUUCAUUCUCCUGCUGAACUGUGACUUAACAUUUUAAGGUAUAACACUCAAUUUACCUGUGACUAUCAUUUUCUGCAUGUAGUAUGCAUACAUUUAGGGGGAGAUGUACUAAGCAGUGAAAAGAGUGGAGAAGUUGCCCAUGGCAACCAAUCAGCAUUGCAGUAACAUUUACAAUUUGCAUACUGUAAAAUUAUACAGAGCAGCUAAUUGGUUGAUUGGACAACUUCUCCACUGGCUCACUUCUCCACUCUUUUCACUUCUUAGUACAUAUCCCCCUUAGUCUGUUGCAAUAUUUAUGAUUGUAACUGUGUUACGCUAUGUUAUCCCACAUGCUGGAAACUAAUAAAGAUUUCAAGGUCUUACUGGUAGCUUUAACUGAU